AUGAGUACACCAGAAUUACCAUAUGUAGUUGAUGCAGAUAUACCAUUAUCUCCUGAAGAAUUAAAUGUCCUUCGAAAACAAUAUUUACGAGAAGGAAAAGAUGUUACAACACAAACAAAAUUUAAUUAUGCAUGGGGUUUAAUUAAAAGUAAGAAGAAUACAGAGCAAGAAGAGGGAGUCAAAUUGUUGAAAGACAUAUUUAAAGAAUCCAAAGAGCGUCGUAGGGAAUGUCUUUUUUAUCUUGCAUUGGGACAUAAUAAAUUAGGGCAUUAUAAUAUAGCAAGAAGCUAUAAUAAUGAAUUGUUGUCAAUGGAUCCUGAAAAUUCACAAGCACUAUCUUUAAAAAAGAAGAUAGAAGAUAGUCUUAAUAAAGAGGGUAAAUUAGGAAUUGCCAUCGCAGCAUGUUUAACUACAAUAGCAGUUGUUGCAACUAAUGGUAAAGAUGAUGAAGAGUUAGAUGAUUUGAUUAAACAAUUUGAUACAGCUUUAACAGUUCAAGGCAGAUUCAGUUCAUUCAAAUUGUCUAAUAAAUUGAUUGAUUAUAUUGAUUUUAUAUCUGGCGAAGUUGAAAAGGCCGAACAAGUAGAUUUUGAAAACAAAGAAAUAAGAUUUAUGUUAUAUUUUGGUAGAGAAUUAUUUAUGAAAAUUCCACAAAAUAUUAUUAAUGUUAAAGAUUGGUUUAAGAUAAAACGUGGUGGCAGAUUUGGUAUUCGUACAACAUUUCAACACGAUGCUUCAAUAAUUAUGAAUAAAUUAGAUUUAAUCAAAGAACAAUUUGGGUUCAGGGAACAUCCUAAUAAUAUUAACCUAAAUGGAAAACCAAUUAGUAUUACAAUUUAUUAUUUAGAUGAAGAAAAAGAAAAAAAAAUAAAACUACAUUGGGACAAAAUAAAUGAAAUUUGGAAGAUAACAGAAUCAAAAAGUGAUAUGAAACGAAAUGCGUUAAUUGAUAUUAUAUCAGGAGAUUCAAGACCAGAUCUUAGAUUUUCAGUGAAAACUCAGACUGAUAUCAAAGUUUCUGAUGAUAUAAUAAAAGUAAUUGAAGAAGUUCAAUUAAGCAAAUCGAUGAACCCAAAUGAUUUAUUAUAUUUUAGAAAAAGUGAUUUUGUUAAUAAAUUAGAAAUUGUCAGCAUUAGACAAAAAAUGAAUAAAAAACGAUACACUAAUGAAAAAUUUCAAAUUACAAUAAAUACAAUGUUACAAGAUGCAGGCGAAGAGUCUGUGGAAGAACAAAAAAUAUUUAAUUUAAAAUAUUUAACAUGGAAAAGUUUUUAUAAUAAUAAUGAAAACACCAACGGUAACAAUAGAAACAAUAGAGGAAAACCUAUUAACAAAAAUUAUAUUUUCACCAUAACUCAAGAAAUAAUUGAAUAUGGAAGAGAGAUUGUUAAAUUUAUUUUUUAA